AUGUGCGGGAGAUUGCCGGAGAACGCAACGGUCCGCACGUUCCUGGUUCUUACCACCUACCCAUCUAACCAGCUAACCAGCCUCCCUGCUGCACUGCACGGCUGCACCGCAUUCAGCGUCUACGCUUCACCCUCUGACACGCAACUGCUGCGGAUACCCCCGGAGAUUAAGCGACACAAAAACGUGCACAUAUGCAUAUGCCUUGAUGCAACCAUCAAGGUGCUGUACAAGAAGGGUGACCGGUCCAACUGUAACAACUACAGGGGGAUUUCGCUACUAUCUCACGUAGGCAAGGUCCCCAUCAAGAUCAUCACCAACCGUCUAAGCGCCUUCUGCGAAGCCAACAACAUCCUCCCGGAGGAACAGUGCGGAUUUCGACCCGGGCGAUCCACCGUCGACAUGCUGUUCGUCGUGCGCCGCCUCCAGGAGCUGGGGCGGAGAAAGAAAAUACCGCUCUACAUGUGCUUCGUCGACUUGAACAAGGCGUAUGACUCGGUGGACCGAGGGAUGCUAUGGAAGGUGCUGGCCAGGGCCGGGAUUCCCGCGAAGCUGAUCGAAGUCAUCCGCCAAUUCCACGAUGGAAUGCGGGCCCGGGUGCGCAUGGACGACGGAGAACUAUCGGACUGGUUCUUGGUGACACCGGGCGUGCGACAGGGAUGUGUGCUAUCCCCACUGCUGUUCAACAUCUUCUUCGCCGAGGUCCUCGAGGUCGUUGUCAUCCGAUUCAGCGAGGAUGAUGUUGUUCUGCGGAGCCUGGUGUGCUUGGAGGAGGGGAAGACGGAAGCGGGGGGGGGGGAGGAGACACCCCUUGACCGAGUACGGAGGGCAGUAUGGGGGAUGUUGUAUGCCGAUGAUGCCGGCGUCGUAUCGAGGUCUGCAGAAGGACUGGCGAGAAUGAUGACCAUCAUUGUUGAGGUGUUCGGGGAGUUCGGGCUAACGGUGUCGGAGAAGAAGACGGAGACGCUCCUGAUGCGCGCAAAGGACAAGCCGACUACAACAUCACAGCCCGCCCCGCCUCCACCACUGACCAUCGAAGCCGCGGGACAGAAAUACGCCCAGACGACCGAGUUCCGGUACCUCGGUGGCCUCGUCAACGAACAUGGCGACCUCACCCGGGAGAUCAACUACAGGAGCAGAGGAGCGUGGGCGUGCCUCAGGCGAUAUGGCCGAGAGCUCUUCGACAGACCGCAAGCGCCAUUCCGACUCAAGAUCCGCCUGCUCCGGGCGGAGGCGAUGGAGGCACUGCUGUACGGCUGCAUGACAUGGUCACCACUCAGCGGCCACUAUCAGACGCUGCGGUCGAUACACCACCGACUGCUCCUUCGAGUUAUCGGGUACAAGCGCAAGAAAGACACCUACCGGCAGCUCUCUUACGCCCAGAUGCUGAAGAGGGUCGAAUGCCAGAGAGUUGAAGCCACGAUCCGACAACAACGCCUACUGUUCGCGGGAGCAUUGGAAAGACAGUCGGACGGGCGACUCCCGAAACGACUGAUGUUCGGCGAACUGGCAGGGGG